AUCAGAGUCGAUACGUUCGUGCCUUUGAAAACGCCACCCUUGUAGCAGGCUGCUCCUCUCUUAUUCUCCAAUCCGCAUUUUUACCAGAUUUUGGUUCGUGUCGUUCCUUUUAGCUGUGCGCGUCUCCCUCUUAGGCUCAACACUCGUUAGGACCGUUACCGGCUGCACAACGUUAGGCCUCAGUUUAAUGCUUGGUUAAGGAGAUGGAGCUUGUGUGAUGUAACUUGUAAUUCUUCAAGCUUGAUGUUGUACUGGGGAAAUGAUUGUUUAGAGAUGUUUGAUUUUCAUUAUAAGGAUGUGGUUGAGGAUCUGGGUCAUGAAGUUAUACCAUUGAUGUAACUGAUCUUGGAUGGACUGCUUGUUGAAAAUUUAAUGUUGUUUACUAUUGGGCUUUGGUGCAUUUGUUUUGGAGGGAUGAUAAGGGGUUUAGGGUUUGAGUUAAUGGAUGAUCAUUAGUCUGUGGUUGUAAUGUGGACAGGCAGGAGGCAGCGGCUGUUGUGGUGUUGGUGGUGGUGUGGUGUUUUUGCUGAUCAGUGGAGUUAGUGGUUAAAUAAGAGUUAUUUUGAACAUGAGUUCAGACAGCAGGAGCCGGAGCCCGAGCAGGACCAGGAGCAGGAGCCGGAGCCCAAUGGAUCGUAAGAUCCGCUCUGAUCGGUUUUCUUAUCGUGGUGCACCUUACAGACGAGAGUCUCGUCGGGGUUUCAGCCAAAGCAAUCUGUGCAAGAACUGCAAGCGGCCUGGACAUUUUGCUAGAGAGUGCCCCAAUGUGGCUAUAUGUCAUAAUUGUGGCCUUCCAGGGCAUAUUGCUUCGGAGUGCACCACAAAAUCACUUUGUUGGAAUUGCCGAGAACCUGGGCAUAUGGCCAGCCAUUGUCCAAAUGAGGGCAUCUGUCAUACUUGUGGCAAGGCUGGACAUCGUGCUAAAGAGUGCACUGCUCCACCACUGCCACCUGGGGAUUUGAGGUUGUGCAACAAUUGUUAUAAGCAGGGCCAUAUUGCAGCUGAUUGUACAAAUGACAAGGCAUGUAACAACUGUAGGAAAACGGGUCACUUGGCACGCGACUGUCAAAAUGAUCCUAUUUGCAACAUGUGCAAUGUAUCUGGGCAUGUGGCUAGACAAUGCCCGAAAGCAAAUAUGCUUGGAGAUCGACGCAGCAGCGGUUACCAAGACAUUGUAUGCAGGAACUGUCACCAGUAUGGCCACAUGAGCAGGGAUUGCGUGGGUCCAUUAAUGAUCUGUCACAACUGUGGUGGGCGAGGACACCGCGCAGUUGAGUGCCCUUCUGGAAGGAUGAUGGAUCGCUACCCUCGAAGGUUCUACUGAUAGAUGAUGGAUUGUAUGGUUUCCAGUUUAACAAGUAUUGAUUGACUGUUGAAAGUUAAUAGACAUUCUGAGUAGUCAUUUGGAACUAUAUUUGACAGGCGAUGUGGAGCAUUUACUUUUGAGACAGGGUUAGAUAUAGUUUUAUAGGGUUUGUCUUUGAAAUAAUCACUUUAUGAAGCAGGAUGCUGCUAAUGUUGCCAGAUUUGUGGUCCAUUGUAAUCUCCUAUCCUAGGUCGAGGUGUUUACCUCGUCAACCACUGCUCUCCCCCUUUUUUUUUUAUUUAUUUUUUAUAUGGGUUUUGUGUUGUUGUCAAGGCUCUGUUUGGUAUAAAGUUUUGAUCUGUCUUAGAAUUUUGCUUAUGUCAUCUUACCAUCUAAAAUUUUUGUAA